AUGACACACCGUGUAAAGUACUGUUUUAUUACGUUCUCAGUAUAUUGGGGCAUAGGUCUGAUUUAUUCGUUAAUAGAUUUAACUGGAAAACCUGAAUUUUUACUUCGUUACAAAAUACAAGAUGUGAAAUCUUACCCGAUACAAAUUUCACAAUAUCCUCAUGUUGCAAAACAAGUAUUAUUUAAUCAAAUAUUCAUUAGUACUCCAAUUGCCAUUAUUGGGUAUAACGUACUGAAGUGGAGGUGUUACGACAAUGGGCUUGAACUACCGUCAUUUCGCAGGUUUUUGUUUGAACUUAUAAUAUUUCUUCUGUUAGAAGAAGUUGCAUUUUAUUAUAGUCAUAGACUUCUGCAUCAUCCGAAACUAUAUAAGUAUAUACAUAAAAGGCACCACGAGUUAAUAUCACCUUUUGCCAUCGGAGCAUUGUAUUGCCAUCCCAUAGAACAUAUUGUUAGCAAUGGAAUUCCACCUUAUCUGGGCCCUAUUUUUAUGGGAUCGCACGUAUCAGUGAUGUGGAUGUGGUUCAUAAUUUGUCUUAUUACUACUCUAAAUGCUCAUUCUGGUUACCAUUUUCCAUUCUUUCCGUCUCCUGAAGCCCAUAACUAUCAUCAUCAUGUAAAGUUUAAUCAGAAUUAUGGAACGUUAGGAAUAUUGAACUUUUUGCAUGGAACCAAUAAACAGUUCUACAAGAGCAGAGAAUACGAGCGUCAUUUUACGUUUUUCAAUUUUUCCCCAUUAAAGACCCAAUAA